AUGUCUGGUGUCCAGCCUGUCGCAGUCUACACUCUGCGGAUUCCUCCCGGAGGAACUUUGCUUCCUGCUGUCCCCGAUGCUGCCGCUAUGUUGCGCGUGAGCAUGGCUGCCGUCGACCCCGACGAGGAACCCGACUUUGAUGACGGCUCCAACAAGCGCCCCAGAGCCACCCUUAAGAUGAUCCGUGCUCCCCCAGGAAUGGACCUUGGUGGCGACUCUGACGAUGACUGGGAGGACGAUGAGGAGGAGGAUUCCGACGACGAGGAGGUCAAUGGCGGCCCUAGCGACAAGGAGAAGGCCCGCAAACUCAAGGAACUCGCCGCCCUUAAGGAGGCCAUGGAGGAUUCCGAGGAUGAGGAUGAUGAUGAGGACGACGACGAAGAGUUCGAUCUGAAGGCCGCCAUCUCGAAACUCGUCAAGGGCAAGGCCCCCGCUACGGAAGACGAUGAGGACGACGACGAGUCUGAGGAGGGACUAGACCUUGAGGAGACGGUCGUCUGCACUCUGGACCCCGCGCAGACCUACCAGCAACCUUUGGACCUUACCAUCUCCGAGGAUGAGCAAGUCUUCUUCAAGGUCACUGGUACCCACACCAUUUACCUGACCGGAAACUUCGUGAUGCCUCUCGACGACGGUCGUCAUCCUUGUGACUCGGAUGAGGAAGACAGUGAGGACGACUACGAUUUCUCCCCCGACGAGGACGAGCUUGACAUGGGCGACCUCAUGGAUGAGGACGAUGAGGACGAUGAGCUCGACGGUCUGGAGAACCCUCGCAUCACCGAGGUGGAGAGCGAGGAGGAGGCUCCUAAGCUUGUUGCUGCCAAGGGCAAGGGCAAGAACAAGCGUGCCGCCGAAGCCGAAGAUGCUAGCCUUGACGACCUGAUUGCCAAGUCCGCCAAGAAGGGCGAGGAGGCUCUUAGCAAGAAGCAGCAGAAGAAGCAGAAGAAGAACAACGGUGACGCCGCUCCGGUUGAAGAGAAGAAGGAGGGCAAGGAGGCCAAGAAGGUCCAGUUCGCCAAGAACCUGGAGCAGGGUCCUACGCCUUCCGGUCAGGACAAGAAGCCCGCCGAGGCCACCGGCACUCUGGGUGUCAAGGAGAUCAAGGGUGUGAAGAUGGAUGACAAGAAGCUUGGAAAGGGUACCCCGGCCAAGAGCGGCAACACCGUCUCCAUGCGCUACAUUGGAAAGCUUGAGGAUGGCAAGGUCUUUGACGCCAACAAGAAGGGCAAGCCUUUCAGCUUCAAGCUUGGUAAGGGUGAGGUGAUCAAGGGUUGGGACAUCGGUGUGGCCGGCAUGACUGUCGGUGGCGAGCGUCGCAUCUCGAUUCCUCCCCAGAUGGCCUACGGCAAGAAGGCCCUUCCCGGUAUCCCCGCUAACUCGAAGCUGAUCUUCGACGCUAAUACCUCUGCGCUCACAGUUGCGAAAUUGACAAGCCCUGACUCUGCGCGUUCCUCAAAACUAGAGAGUAAUACAGACACUCUGCGAUCCGGCCUCUCGUUACUAGCAGAAACCAAUUCUGCGGCUCAUCAUAUAUCCAGCAUGGAAUGCCCGAGUAACCACGCCCACCCGACGGCUCCUAGUACAGAUAGUCUCAGCCCUGAUCCAGAAUCCAAUUGCCAAGAGAUGUCACAGGUACCAAGGGUAAAAGAUCGACAGCAGACAGAGAUCCAGUAUGAUUCAUAUCAAACUGAUGGCCCGGGGGACAUGAGACGCAGCCAAUCAACCCCAGAAGCCUUCACGCACCUUUUCUCGCGGAAACUAUCUAGUACUUUUGGGAACCCGACUGUCAUCCGGCGGGCUCAUCUGCGCUCAAGACCGAAUAUCCGUGCGGUGCAGUUUGCGAUUCCUACAAGCACAUCACCGGAAAAGGGUUCUGAGAGUGAUCAUAAUAGCUCAAACCCUUCAACGCCUCCCAGUAGUAGUGCUUCUCCCCCAGGCACUCAAUCAACGCCUCCGACCUCCGAAGAGCCAACUUCUUCACCGGAUGAAUCGAAGCAAGCCUCGGCCUGCGCGGUCAAUGUUAGACUGAGUUUAGAGUCCUCGGGUCGAGAGCCAAAUGCUCAAAUAGCUUCCAUGCAACCGGUUUCCGGCAUAUCACCGUCUAUUGUCACCGUUGAAGCAACCGCCAAUGCCAAGAUAUUCUUUGAGACGUAUUUUAGUACAGUCUAUUCGGGUACUGAUCCUCGCUUGCAGCGUCAACGGGAACUUGAAGAGUAUAUGUGUUCAUCCGCGAUAACAACCGAAGAGAAAAUCAGAAUACGGAAGCAAUGGAUUCUCCAAGAACGGGAAUACCUCCGCCAAUGUCGAGUGCUCAAGACUCGGUCUCAUAGUGUUCGAAAUGACAAAACUGUUUCCAUAGCUGGGUUCGAGGUCAUCAAGGUUCUGGGGAAGGGAAGCUUUGGUGUUGUGCGCCUUGUGAAAGAAAAAGUGACGGACGAAGGAAACAGAGGUGGUGCUACUGAGGACGAAAUAUUUGGCCGCCAAAGUGAGGUAAUAACCAGUUCAGGGGAGUCUAAUCGGCGCAGAAUCAUGGCCGGAAUAAAGAAAGAUGUGUUUGCUAUGAAAGCCAUACGGAAAUCAGCGAUGAUCCGGAAUUGCCAAGAGGGUCAUUUGCGAGCGGAGAGAGACUUUCUUGUUGCGUCUGCAAAGUCUCGAUGGAUUGUGCCCUUAAUUGCAAGCUUCCAGGAUAACAGCCAUCUUUAUCUUAUCAUGGAUUAUAUGGUAGGGGGUGAUUUCCUUAGCCUGCUCCUGCGGCAAUGCAUCCUGCGCGAGGACGUUGCAAAAUGGUAUGUUGCAGAGAUGAUUCUCUGUGUCGAGGAGGCCCAUCGACUUCAAUGGAUCCAUCGUGAUAUCAAGCCGGACAACUUCCUGAUCUCCGCUUCUGGUCAUUUAAAGAUAUCUGAUUUUGGCUUGGCCUUCGAUGGACAUUGGGCCCAUGAUCAACUUUACUACAAUGAUCACCGAUACUCCUUGGUUCAAAAGCUAGGGAUUCGAGUUUGUGGCGAUGCGCAGGAUCAGAAAGAUGCACAAAAAGCAUCGAGCUCUUCGCCAAGUACGCAAGAAGAUCGGCAUGAAGAUAGCCUUGGAUGCACCACGCCUUCUUCUGGCCUUCUUAGGUGGCGAGACCGAAAUCAAACACGUCGACUGGCAAGAAGCAUCGUGGGUACUAGCCAGUACAUGGCCCCUGAAAUUAUCCGAGGGCAAGCUUAUGAUGGCCGAUGCGACUGGUGGAGUAUAGGAAUCAUCCUGUAUGAAUGUCUAUAUGGAUUCACACCCUUUGCUUCAAAUGAUCGUCAAAAGACCAAAGUGAAAAUUCAUCAUCAUCUCCAGACCUUACGAUUUCCCAUGCACCGUCCUUCCGACAAACUUGUCACCGGAGAGGCAGUUGAUCUAAUCAACUCUUUACUCCAAGAGAAAGAGUUUCGGCUAUCAUGCAACGACUACCGCCAGAAUGAUCCACCUCCAGCACGAUCGCCACCGAGGUAUCUUUUUUACAAUAUCGAUACUUUAGGUCAAGACAAUAAAGGUUUCUAUGUGUAUACGAACGACGCCACCGAUAUAAAAGCCCACCCGUUCUUCCGAAAUAUUAACUGGGAUAUACUCCAUCGCACGAUUCCUCCGUUCAUCCCCAAAGUGAAAGGUUGGGAGGAUACCAGGUAUUUCGAUGACUGGGGAAACACACAGGAGAAUGACAAUACGUCCAACUCAUCUAAUAUAGAGGACGAAGUCGAGGGCCACCCGAAUCCGAGUCAGUUUGACGGACAGCUGUCGCUAAAUCGAGAUGGAAAUCCGGCGCCAGAUCAGAAAAACAGCCCGAAAGCAGAUGUUCAUUCGCCCGCACGGGACCGCAAGAAAGGCAAGGAAAAGCAUCGACCUCGCGAUAAGCUUUUGCGAGACAAAAGGACCGGAAAGACCGCGCUCGAAAUGCGCAAAAAAAGCGCGUUUUUGGGCUACACUUACCGUCGGCCAAAAGCUGUAGCCAUGGCGUUCUCUGUUGAUCGAAGCCGACCUUAUCUUUCACGAGGCGUCCUGUCCGAGCUAUAUGGUUGCUAG